AUGACCGUCACUCAUCGCAAGCGGACAGCCAAUGAUGCUGAAAAGGACAUCGCUGAGGCGGGUGUUAAAUAUCACUGCGACCCUUGCAGCCGCAACAUCACGGAUACCGUCCGGAUACGAUGCGCUAUCUGCAGCGACUUUGACCUUUGCGUCAGCUGCUUCUGCAACGGCGUGGAGCUCGGCAAACAUAAGAACUGGCACGACUACCGCGUCAUGGAACAACACUCCUUUCCUAUCUUUGACACAGAGUGGGGCGCAGACGAGGAGCUGUUGUUGAUCGAGGGCGCCGAGAACUUUGGUAUUGGAAACUGGCAAGAUAUAGCUGACCACGUCGGAUCAAAAACACGCGACGAGUGUGAAGCCCAUUACCUCCAAGUCUAUGUCAACAGCGACACAUGGCCUCUUCCUGAUAUGAGCAAGCGGUUUGAUAUGGAUCCCGAGGCCCAGGCGGCGAGAAAGAGACAGCGCUUGGCUAUGAGAGUCAACCGAGUACCAGCACCGGUCAAAGCGCAAAAGCCCAUGACGAGUCAGCCUGCCAAUCACGAAAUUGCUGGAUACAUGCCUGGGCGAUUGGAGUUUGAGACGGAAUACGAAAACGAGGCUGAGCAGUCUGUCAAGGAUAUGCUCUUCAGCGAGGAGGAUGCCCCUGAGGAAGUCGACUUGAAAUUAAUGGUCCUGGAGAUUUACAACGCCAAGUUGUCCAAACGCCUGGAGCGGAGGAAAUUCGUGUUUGACAGAGGCUUCCUGGAGUACAAGAAGGCAAGUCUGUGCCCAUCCUGGAAACUGCUACCGCAUAACCAAGCGGUAGAAAAGAAGAGAUCACCGAAGGAGCGAGAGUUGAUUAACAGCAUGCGCGUAUUCGCCCAGCUCCAAACUCCAGAGGACUAUGACAAGUUUAUCGAAGGCCUUUUGAAGGAGAUGCAUCUGCGCGAACGGAUCGCUGAGCUUCAGGAGCUCCGAGCAAACGGGCUGACAACACUCGCCACUGGUCAGGAAUACCUUCGCGACAAGACUAAUAGGACAAGUUUGAGACAUUUGAUGACAAGGGACACUGGCAUGAACGACAGGAGAAACGCUCGUCCUCUUCCGCAACGCGCCAACUUGGAUGAGACCCCCUCACCUCGUGGUGCAGCUGCUGGAAACAAGGCCACGCCAGUGAUUCGCAAGCCAGCCAACCCGUUGAACAUCCAGAAUGCAGAAGGUAUUCAUCUCCUCACUGUCCCUGAACAGGCCUUGUGCUCUACCCUCCGAAUCUUCCCCAAGUCGUACAUGAUCAUCAAGGAGCAAUUGCUGAAGGAACAUGCACGUCUCGGAGGACUCAAACGACGACAAGCGCGUGAGUUGAUCAAGAUUGAUGUGAACAAGACUGGCAAGAUCUAUGACUUUUUCGUCGAGGCCGGCUGGAUCCAGAACUCUGACGCCUAA